GGAUAACAUGGUCCACUGUUGCAAAUGCAAUAUCUUGUUUCAGACAGGAAUAGUGUCCUUGUCUUGCAGCAGUCAAAGCCGCAUCAAAUCAACUGGCUGCCUUGAAUGUUCAACAUGGCAGAUGAACUUCCACGAGAUAGUAAAGUUAAAAUAAGAGAAAUUGUACAAAUUGAAAUUGAUACAACUGCGUUAAUUCAAGAGGCGAAUGGUAUAACUGAAUUUCAAGAUGAACUAAAUCUUGUGACAUCCAAAGUGAAAAAAAUGUUUAUAAGUUUGCGAAGAAAACUGGAUGAGUUGAAACAAAUUGGCGAGGAAGAAGAUAGGGAAAGCAAUCACCUUAGAAUAAAAGAGGAAGUCAAAAAGCACUGUCAGAAUUUAUCAACCAUGCAGGUUAACUUGCGCAAAGCUGUGGCUAUAGCUCAGAGUUCAAUUGAGAAAUAUGAAAAAAAUCAAUUGAUUACAGGAGAGCGUGAACAGCACUCAGGGGUGCGACAGAGGCAGCAAAGCAAGGAAGGCUUAGCUAGAACAGCUAGCAAUAUAACAGAAAAUUUAAUGAGUAUUUCAAAGAUGAUGGAACAUCAAGUACAACAAAGCCGUAACAAUACUGAAGCUUUAAUGAUGUCCUCGAAAGGAAUUACAGACACCGAUGAAGAACUUAAAGGAUUAUCAGGUUUUAUUCACACAAGUAAACAAUUAUUGAACAAAUAUAAUCGACGAGAAAACACAGAUAAACUUUUGAUUUUUUUUGGUUUGGUUUUGUUUUUUUGUACGGUAUUGUACAUUAUUAAGAAGAGAAUAUUUUCAUCUAGUGCAUAAA